AUGUCGACAGAAGUGGAUGAUCUCCAGUACACCCGUCCGGCACAGCUGACGGAGACGAUCCAUAGAGAUGUCUAUCCAUUGCUCUCCCCUGAUAACCCAGCCAACAAUCAACAAGGGAAAAUCAUUGUGAUCACUGGCGGAGGUUCCGGCAUUGGAGCGGCCACAGCACGAAUAUGGAUCCGUGCAGGUGCCGAAGGCGUCGUUAUCGCCGGACGACGACGAGAGGUUCUUGAGAAGACGGCAGAAGAACUAAAUUCGCUCAGCCAAGGCAAAACCAAAAUCCUUGCCAUACCCGCUGACGUUGGCUCUGAGAAAGAUGUCCAGAAUCUCUUCUUAGAGGUAAAGAAGAGCUUUGGUCGAACUGCUGAUGUCGUGGUUGCGAACGCUGGGAAGGUGAUAGAUUUGCUACCAGCUGCUGAGGAGUCGAUUGAUACUUGGUGGAGUGUAUACGAGAUCAAUUUGAAGGGCUUGCACAACACUGUCAUCCACUGGAUUCGAAGCCAACCAAAUCCCAAGGAGCCUGAGGGAACACUUAUCAAUAUCGCGUCAGGUCUUGCGGGCUUCGCAAUUCCAGGAGACAGUGCGUACGGAUUGAGUAAGUUGGCUGGACAACGGUACAUUGAAUACAUUGGCCUUGAUUAUCCAAAAAUCAGAGCAUUCACAACCAUGCCAGGUAUCGUCAUGACAGAUAUACUAGCGGAGUGGCUCUGGCCGUACGCUAAAGACCACGUCGAUCUCACUGGUGCACUGGCCCUGUACCUGUCAACGAGCAGAGCCGACUUCUUGAAGUCCUCGAUGAUCAGUGUGAAUUGGGACCUCGAGACCAUUGAAGCGCAUAAAGCAGAGGUCGAAGCAGGGGCGCUGAAGAUUGCUUACAAUCCUUUGUUGCCCAUGGCCGGAGGCAAAGGUUGGUGA